AUGGCCACCGAAGCCCCCACCGAGGCCCCCACCGAGGGUCUCUUCGAGCGGUGCUCCUACACCGUCACGACGGACCUGUACCCCGACGACGAGGGCGUGGGCACGGCGAUCGAGACGUUGCGCCUGUAUGGCGAAAAUCUCGAGGCCGCGGGCCCCUGGCCCAAGCUCGCCGCACGUCUGCUGCGCGAGCGCUGGGGCCGGUACCCGCUCGUCGAGGGCAAGGCGCGCCGCCGCGCCGCGGUCGUCAUCUGCCGCGACCGCGUGCGCAUGUUCGUCGAUGACCGCUCCUCCCGCCUGGCGCGGAUCUUCGUCUUCCGGGAUGAGAUAGAGUGGCAUGCGGACGGGUGGUACGAGCCCGUGUUGGAGGCCUUGUCGGGCGCCCUCGCGGAUCCGCGGAGGCCGUCGUCGCAGCUGCGCCGCGUAAGUUCGACGUUAGGGCAGCAGUAG